AUGUCGUACAACAAGCCUGAGAAGGACUUUGCUGAGGCGCCUAAGACUCACAAGAUCCGCAUCACCCUCACCUCCCGCAAGGUCAGCUCGCUCGAGAAGGUGUGCAACGAGCUCAUCGAGCGCGCCAAGAGCAAGGACCUCCGCGUCAAGGGCCCCGUCCGCCUCCCCACCAAGACUCUCAAGGUCACCACCCGCAAGACGCCAUGCGGCGAGGGUUCCAAGACCUGGGACUGCUUCGAGCUUCGUAUCCACAAGCGCCUGAUCGAUCUCAAUGCCCCUACCGAGAUCGUCAAGCAGAUCAUCGUUAACAUCGAGGCCGGUGUCGAAGUCGAAGUUACCAUCGCUGCGUAA